AUGGCAUAUGUUGUAAGUGCACAUAAAGCAUCUUCAAUAAAAUAUGCCGUAAAAUCAUAUUUUUUAAAUCCAGAAAACCCGUCUUUAGUAGUAGCUAAAAGCAAUAGAAUUGAAAUUUAUACACUUUCCUCUCAAGGUUUAAAACAAGCUCAUGAAUUUACAAUAAAUGGAAAAAUCUCCGCAAUCUUAUCUUAUAGACCUGCUACUAGUUUUGAUACUGAUCAUCUUUUUAUUGUUACCGAAGAAUGCAUGUAUUUUACUUUAAGCUGGGAUAGAGUCAAACAUAAACUACGCAAUGAAAUAUUAUCCAGAGAUGUUUUUGACCCAUCAUUAAAAGCAAGUAGUUGUGGACAUUUAUCUAUUAUUGAUCCAGAUUCUCGGGUAAUUGGAUUAUAUUUAUAUCAAGGACUUAUUACUAUUAUUGGAAUCAAAACAGGAAGACAUCAAAAAAACGAUUAUAUAAUGAAUAAUAAAUCCAUGAGUGAAACAUUUAACCUAAGAUUAAUGGAGUUAAAUGUUAUAACAAUAGCUUUUCUUUUUAAUUGCUCAAGGCCUACUAUUGCAGUUCUUUAUCAAGAUAGUAAAUAUGUAAAACAUCUAAGUUCAUAUGAAAUAAUAAUACAAUCAAGAGAAAAGCAUAUAAAAGAAGGACCUCUCAAGGGAAGAAAUUUAGACAUAGGUUCUUCAUUACUUAUACCAUUACUAGAUAGUGGUAUAAUUGUUGUUGGCGAGCAAACAUUGAUGUAUUUCCAUCCAAAUUCUGGAAUUAAAUCAAAAUCUAUACUUCCAAUUCCUACUGUAUUCUCUUCUUAUACAACUGUUAAUAAUAAUAAACAUCUUCUUGCAGAUGAUUAUGGGCGUAUAUUUAUGUUAACACUUUCAAAUUCACCCAAAGAUUCCGAUUAUAUGAAUAUUUCUCAGAUAGGUAUAACAAAUAUUGCCUCUGUUCUUGUAUAUCUUCAUAAUUCUUAUUUGUUUGUUGGAUCACAUUAUGGGGAUUCUCAAUUAGUAAAUAUUUCGGAUUGUUCUGUUCUACAAUCAUUUUCUAAUAUUUCUCCUAUAUCUGACUUUUGUUUUGUAAAUAAAGAGGGAAGAAGUAAAUCUAUUGUAACAUGUAGUGGAGCUUAUAAAGAUGGAAGUUUAAGAAUUAUUCGUUAUGGUGUUGGAAUGAAUAAAACAGCGGAAAUUUCUAACGUAAAUGGUAUACAUGGAAUAUGGGGGCUUUAUUCUCGAGACAAACUCGAAUAUACAAUAUUAGUUAUAUCUUUUGUCAAUGAAACACGAAUACUAAAAGUUUUUGAAAAUAUUAUAAAUGGACCAGAAUUAGAAGAAUGGGAAAAUUUUUCUAGCUUCGAUACAUCUUUACCAACAUUGGUUGCAGGUAACGUCAAUAAUUAUUUAUUUUGUUUUAUUUCAAACAAAUCGAUACGUUUAAUUGAUUGGGAGAAUGAUUUAAUAUUAAAAGAAUGGAUACCGGAAAUGAACGAUUUAAUUACAUGUGCCUGUCUAGAUACUGACUUUGCUUCUGUAAGUUUAACUAAAGGAAAAGUAAUUGUAUUUAGUUUAAAGAAUAUGACUAUCAUACAAGUAGGAAAAUAUAAUUUUGAUUACGAAGUUUCUUGUAUUGAUAUAUCAAAUAAUGAGUUGAUUUCUGUUGGUCUUUGGACAUUUCCAUCAAUACAUAUUCUUUCAAUUCCCACAAUGGAAUUACUUUUGUCUCAUAAUCUCCUAGGAAGUGUUGUUCCUAGAUCAAUUUGUAUAAUUUCAUUAACUAGUAUUAACGAACCUAUUGUUCUUGUUGGUAUGGGAGACGGAACUCUUCUUUCCUAUAGUUUAAAAGACUUAAAUAAAGGUGUUUUAAUAAAUCAAAAAAACGUUAUUAUAGGGACAUUACCGGUAAAUUUAUCAAGAUUUAUAACACCAAAUAAUAUCAAUGUAUUUGCAAUUAGCGAUGAGCCUACAAUUAUAUAUGGCAAUAACGGAAAAUUGUCUUUUUCAUCAGUAAAUUUAAAGGAAACCACUUGUAUGAGUUCUUUUAUAUCUACCACAUUUUCGUCAACUAUCGUCGUUGUUUCUGAAGAUAAUAUUAAAAUUGGAUCAAUAGAUUCUUUUCAGCAGCUACAGAUACAGACAAUUCCUCUAGGAGAGCUCCCAAGACGAGUUUGCUAUCAUGAUAAACAAAAAAUAUUUGGAGUUUUAACUAUAAAAUUAUUUCUGGAAGAUUCGAGUGGAAAUGAAAUUCAAUCCAGUUAUUUAAGGAUUUUAGAUCCUACAAGCUUUGACGUUUUAGAUUCCUUUCAACUAGAAACAAACGAAUGUGUACAAUGUAUAACAACUAUUAGCAUAAAUAAUGAAGAUAUGUUUGUUGUCGGAACAGGAUUUCUAUUACCGGAAGAGAAUGAAAAUUCUAAAGGAAGAAUUAUUUUAUUUGGAAUUACCAGUAGCAAAAAAAUUUGGAUAUUUUCAGAAAUUCAAGUUAAUGAUGCUGUAUAUUGUAUAGGCGUAAUUGAUAAUAAAAUUAUAGCAGGAAUAAAUGCAACGGUCUGUUUAUAUGCAUAUGAUGAUUUUUCAAGAAAUUUUAAUAUUAUUACAACAUACAGAUCGUCUGUUCUUUGUUUGUCAUUAGCAAUUCAUGGAAUACAUAUUAUAAUUGGCGAUCUUAUGAAAUCCGUGUCUCUACUUGCCUUAGUGGAUAUGGAAAAUAAAAUUAAAUUAAAGGAGAUAGCUAAAGAUUAUAAUCCACUAUGGAUGACAUGUGUUGCUGCAUUAGAUGACAAUCUUUAUAUAGGUGCAGAAGCAGAAGGAAAUUUAUCUUUAUUCUUAAAAGAUUCCAAUACUAGUAUUAAGGAAAAAAUAGAUAAAUUGCAAAUAAUCUCUGAAAUUAAAUGGGGAGAACUAAUAAAUCAGAUUAAACCAGGCACGAUUUUAUCUUCAGAAAAUCCAAUAAUAAUACCCAAAGCCACUUUUGUAACAGUGGAUGGGUCAAUUGCAUUUCUUUUUACAAUCGAAAACGAGUAUUUAGAAUUUCUUAUAAAUCUACAGUCUAAUAUGGGGAAAGUUAUAAAUGGAAUAGGCCAUUUAAAUCAUUCGAAUUGGCGUGCAUUUUGUAACAAAAGAAAAAAAGCAAAUGAACCUAAGUGUUUUAUAGAUGGAGAUUUUAUUGAAUGUUUUAUUGACUUAGAUGAUGAUAUUAAACAAAAAAUAAUUAAUGGUGAUAAUGGUGGUAUCCCGUUAUCAUUGACUAUUAGAGAAGUAAAUAAAAUUAUAAAAGAUUUUAUUAAACUUCAUUGA